CUCGACGACGAUCUGCCGAUCCGACUCGCCAAUCGGAUCCCGACACCUUCUGACCUUCUCCGGAUUUAAGAGCCUCGAAUUUCGAUUCGUCCGAGAUUUAUGUUUAUAUUUGUUUUCCGGAUACACUCUCUCUUUGUGCACGUAACCUCUCGUCUGUCUCUUUUCGUUUCAAGUGCACGUGCACGUAUCUUCGCCUGUAGCUGUUUCUCGAACAGCUGAUUGCAACCUUUUGUCUCUUCUCUUUUUCCUCCGCAACAUCCAAUCGUAUAUCUAUCUCGAGCGCGGAAAGUGUAGCAUAGUAGUGCAGCUGCAAAAGAGAGAUCUUUAGAAUUGAGCACGAUUAGAAUCCGAUUGCGUUCGAUCUUCGAUCACCGGGAAACUCCGGGACGACGUGCGGCCGAUCUCGAUGAGCGAAAAUAAUAUUAUUUGUAAUUAGCAUCAAUCAUUCAAUUAUUACCAAUUAACUGUGCGCUAAUGACAGACAUUAGACCGCCAAUGUAAAAAAAAUUAUUUUCUAUAUUAAUAUAGAAAACAAGCAGAAAUAUACUUUUUCUAGCCAAUUGUUAAUUCAAAUCUUUAACUUGAAUCAGCGGCUUAAUUCAAUCGUAUUAUCGAGACAAGCCUAACUUAAUCUGAGAAGCAUCGCUCACCACGUUUCGUUCGUAGGAAUCUAACCUAAAAACGUCUAUUGUUCUUUUCAUAGUGCCGAGCGAUUAUUUUAAUUUUUCAAGUUUUGGUUUUCGAGAUGAAGGAACGAGAGAGAGCCGAAUGAUUGUAUUUUCAUUAAAAUCCGAAGUUAAAGUGAAGUAGUUCAGUCCUUAACAAUGGGGAAAAAGGGAGGUUAUAAUUGGAAAUCAAGAGCUGUCGCAAAGGUGGAAGUCGAUAAUUCCACCACUAAAGAGAUUGUCUUGGACAUCCAACAUCGCGCCGAGGACUAUGACAAUUGCAACGCACUUGUCUUGCCCACUGAAAAGAGAAAGACGAAAAACGUCGAUAAGAAGAUAACAACCACUCGAUUGUUAUCGAAGAAACGCAGAAAACAGCUGGAAAAAGUGGUAGAGCGAAAGAAGAAGAAGUUGCAGAGAGCCGGGUUGUUAGAAGACCUGGCGAAGGUACAGGCGUCUCCUACGGAACUGCAACAGUACGUGAGUCUAACGUCCUUGCAGAACAAGGGCUUGAAGCGUCAUUUUCGAGAACUUGAGAUUCCUGUUAAAAAGUUAAAACGCAAAUCAGACGAUGAAGAGGAAGACGAUUCGACAAAGACAACUGUAAACUCUAUCAAAAUGAGCAAGAAGAAAAGAGUAGCCGUUCUGAACAAUGUAAAGCAAGACGAGGCCAAGCUUGAUCCAAAUAUAGUUGGAUUUGAAAGAAAACCUGAGAUACAAGCAGCAAGAUUGAAAUUGCCCGUUGUCGCGGAAGAACAAAUUAUAGUUGAGACAAUAAAUGACAAUCCAAUAGUCAUAAUUACGGGAGAGACAGGAAGUGGGAAGACAACGCAAGUGCCUCAGUUUUUAUAUGAGGCUGGAUAUGCUCAAAAUAAAUUGAUCGGGAUAACCGAACCGAGAAGAGUGGCAGCGAUGUCGAUGAGCAAGCGUGUAGCUGAAGAAUUGAAUCUCUCCCAAAAGGAGGUUUCGUAUCUGAUUCGUUUUGAGGGAAAUGUUACGGAGGAAACGAAGAUCAAGUUCAUGACCGAUGGGGUUUUACUGAAAGAGAUUCAAAGUGAUUUCUUGUUAACAAAAUACUCCGUGAUUAUACUCGAUGAAGCGCACGAACGCAGCGUGUACACCGACAUCCUGAUCGGUUUACUGUCGAGGAUUGUUCCGCUUCGCAACAAACGCGGCAACCCUUUGAAGUUGAUAAUUAUGUCGGCUACACUGUCCGUGAAGGAAUUCGUGGAGAAUACAAAGUUAUUUAAGAUAAAGCCGCCGAUAAUCGAGGUCAAAGCGCGACAGUUUCUUGUAAAGAUGCACUUUAAUAGAACAACAAGCAAGGAUUACGUCAACGAUGCAUUGCGAAAAGCGAUAAAGAUACAUACUCGUCUUCCGGAAGGCGGUAUAUUAAUAUUUUUAACAGGUCAGCAGGAGGUGCAUACGGUUGUGCGUAAAUUACGCAAAGCGUUUCCGUUGAAGAGGAUUAAACAGCCCCAAGUUAAAGUGGUGAACACCGAGAAAAGUGAAACCUCAGAAGCAUCGGAUAAAGAACAGGACGAGGAAAAAGACGAUUUUGACGCCGAGGAAGCGUUGCGCCGUAAUAAGCAGAGGCAAAAGAAGCAGAUCAUACUGCCAACUAUUAAUCUCGACGAUUAUUCAAUAAAUCCUACCGAUGACACGCACGAAGAUUUGAUCAACGCGCAGGACGAUGACAACAACUUGGACGAGGAUGAAGAUGAGGAUGAAGAUGUGAUUGAUUUCAAGGGACUGACGAACGCGCAGCCAUUAUGGGUCUUACCUCUUUAUUCCCUUCUACCCGGACACAAACAAGCCAGAGUGUUCGAGCCACCGCCGGAAGGAUGCCGCUUGUGCGUGGUGUCCACUAACGUUGCGGAAACCUCGCUGACGAUUCCCAACGUUAGAUACGUUGUGGACAGCGGACGUUGUAAAAUUAGGCUGUACGACAAAGUGACAGGCGUGAGCACGUAUCACAUUAGCUACGCGAGCAAAGCGGCGGCCACGCAACGUGCCGGCAGAGCCGGUAGAACUCGACCUGGUCAUUGCUACAGAUUAUACUCGUCGGCCGUGUACGACAACGAUUUCGAGGAGUACAGUCAGUCGGAGAUACAGAGGAAACCAGUGGACGAUUUGCUGCUGCAGAUGAAGACGAUGAACAUAGACAAGGUCGUGAACUUUCCGUUUCCCACGCCGCCGGAUAUCGUGCAAUUGAAGUCCGCGGAGAAACGGCUCACGAUACUCGAAGCGUUACAACCACCCUCGAAGAAGCAGGAAGAGAUAUACUGCGCGAAGGUGACGCCACUUGGACGCAGUAUCGCCGCGUUCCCGGUGUCUCCGUGUUACGGCAAGAUGCUGGCACUGUCGCAUCAGCACAACUUGUCGAAAUACACGAUAUGCAUGGUGGCGGCUCUCAGCGUGCAAGAAGUGCUGAUAGAGGCACUCGACAUGGAGGGUUCGACUAAGAGCAAGUGGCUGCAAAAGCGCCGUUAUUGGGCUGGGACCGGCAAUAGUUUGCUUCUUGGCGAUCCAAUGGUUUUGAUAAGAGCCAUCGGAACUGCCGAGUACGCGGGAUCGAAGGGAAGACUGUUGUCCUUCUGCGAGGAGAACGGCUUGAGACACAAGGCCGUGGUCGAGAUCAGGAAGCUUAGGCAACAGCUCACCAAUGAGAUAAAUUUAAACGUGCCGAAUCUAAAUUUAAUCAUUGAUCCAAAAAUGCCGCUGCCGACCGACACGGAAGCGAAAUUGCUGCGCCAGAUAGUCCUUUCGGGUAUGGCGGAUCAAGUCGCGAGGAAGGUUUUGCCGGACGAGGUAAAGGAGGAUCAGGACAAGGCCAAGUGGAAGCACGCUUACAGAACGCCAGAAAUGGAGGAACCUGUGUUCAUGCAUUCCUCGUGCGUUCUACGGAAAACCAGCCCGGAAUGGGUGGUUUAUCAGGAGGUGUACGAAACGAAUAAGAUGUACAUGCGAGGCGUCACGGCGAUCGAGCCCGAGUGGCUGCCGAAAUUCGCGCCCACGUUGUGCCGUCUCAGCGAGCCAUUGGCUGAUCCACCGCCAAGGUACAAUCAAGGAACCGGAAAGCUCAUCUGCCGUGUGUCCGGUACUUUCGGAAAAGCCGGAUGGCCACUACCACCGAUGGACAUCGAGCACCCGUUGACGGUGGACGGUGUCAAGUGGUUCGCGUAUUUCUUCCUGGAGGGUCAAGUGUGCCCUAAGCUGAAACGAUUUGUCCCGUCGCUGCUGACGACACCUGGUAGCAUCACCAAGUCGUGGGCCAAGCUGAUACCACGCACUCAAGCGAUAGUACAAACGCUACAGUCGCAGGGAGUCAUGUCCAAGGACAGACUAAUAGACAUCUGGGAUUCGGACAAGAAAUUUCUGCUGCCUGCCUACCAGAAGUGGCUGCCGGAAUCUGCGCAUGCAGAAAUAGCGCAGUUAUGGCCACCUUUGUAAUUAGGAAUGUACAUUAGGAUUGUAAUUAAAUAGCUUUUUAAUAAUUAAAUUGUUUUAUAAUGAAAAAGAAAAUCGAAAAGUAUGUAUCAGUUUUACUUCAAGAGCCAUGCUAUCAUCAUAAAACGAUCUGACAAGGAUCGGACAUUAAUCAAUUUUUAAUUAAUCAAGAUUUAAUACACUAGGAAAAGUUUUUGAUAUAUGAA